ACUAGCUUAACUUUGAACCCAUAACUGUGGAAUUUUGAGUUUUGGUCUACAGAACGGCAAUGCAGUAGUAGCCCCUAGACAUGGGUGUUUUACAACAAUUGAGCUUGUUGAUUUGGAAAGAUGUUAAAUUGAGAAUUCGAGCACCUGUUCUGACAUUGCUGUCGAUUGCAUGGCCUAUCGCAGUCUUUACAGCAGUUGCAAUUAUCAGGAAUGAUUUUCCUCCUGAACAGCAUACUAAUUGCUACUACAAUGCAAAGGCAAUGCCAAGUAGCGGAGCAGUAAACUUCAUGCAGUCGUAUUUGUGUGAUCUUGAGACGGCUUGUAUUCCAGGAAACAGUAGCACUGUAGAAAGCAAUGCUGUUCCUAGCUAUGCAGGAGCAAGUGUCUCUCAAGUAUUCGAUACGCUUGAGCCAAUUCUCAGUAACGAGAAUGUCACGGAUUCUUUAAAUGAUAUAUCUGGGAGCAUAGAAACACUGAUGGGCCUAGCAAACGCCCUUGAAGCAGGCAUAAACGUCACAGAUAUUGACUACAGAGUUGGAGAUUUAUUCAAGAACGAAUCACACGUGGCAUGGUUUUUAGAAAAUGUAAUAGAACUUGACCCGGAUGUAGUAGAUGCAUUUUUAAAUUCCAGUAUCAACAUCAAUCAGUUAUUGGAACUGACGGGAUACGUCGAUUUUUAUCGCAUCACGUGCAAUGAGACAGAAUUGAUGAAAUACCUGAGUUUCCCAUACGGGUCUGAUCCUAGACAAAUUUCCAAGGAACUUUGUAGAAUCAACGUCACAUCAAUCCCAGCUAUCAUUGGAGAGUUUCAGGAACAGCUGAACAUAGAAUACCUCCUUUUACAGGUGUGUAAACUGCUGGUUUUUCGUUCAAAUCAUAGGGAAUAA